AUGAUCCGGCUACACCGAAGACACGAAGCUCGUAGAGCAGACCCAUUUCUACUCCGCCAAAAAGCUCAAAGGCUGACUCCCGAUCCAUCCCUUGUAAUCGACGCAUGGCAGGUGCUGUCAGGCGUUGCAUUGCUCACCGAAUCGCCAGCAAAAGCGGCUAGUAUUUUACAGCACAGGAAAGCUAUUGCUGCACGAUUUUGGAAUGCUUCUAUGGAAAGACAAAGGACUGGGACGACAUUUGUUGUCGGUCCUAUUUCGAAGAAAGUCAACACGAGUUGGAAAUUUAGAUUGAAAAUGUUGUGA